CUCGAAGCCCGUUCGCCUCACUCAUUGUUCGCCCUGGCUGAACUACAACCCCCGGAAGUCGCUGCCGCCGAGGACCAAUGAGGGCGCUCUUCCUGCACGUCGUCUUUAUCUGUGGCAGCGGCAGGAUCAGUGGGAUUUUAAUGGUUUUACAGAUUAUUUCUAUUAAGCGAAAUGGAGCCUUUUAAAAGAGGAACAGAAGAAACCUUAUAGAGAGGGGACAUUUAAGAGCUACCGGACCCUGCACUUCCUGGAUUGCGUUCUUAUAGAAAAUCAUUGCAAAGAUUAAACAAGAUAAAGACUUGUACAUGGAACAGAGAAUGGAACAUGCGGAAGAGACGCCGACUGUAGAAUCUGACAUUGAGUCGAAGAUAAAAGGAGGGAAAUCGGUGAUUAUAACCAUUCCAGUAGAUGAUGAAUGUAAAGCUCCAGAUGUUUAUGUCAUUCCUGAUACUCCAACAAUAAAGCAAGAACCUGACCCUGAGAUGGAUCCGUUACGGCAAAGAAAGACCUUUCCACAAGAUGUUUAUGUGAUUCGUGAUACUUCAGCGAUAAAGCGAGAAACUAAUCCAGAAAUGGAUCCUUUGCCGCACAUAAAGACGUUUUCAGAAGGUGUUUAUGUGAUGAUUCCUGACAAUUCUCCAACAAAACAAAAUAUUAAAACUGAAAUGGAUCCUUCACCAAACAGCCAAGAUGUUUAUGUGAUUCCUGAUAAUACUUCACCAAUAAAGCAAGAAACUAAACCUACCAUGAAUACUUUGACGCAGAGGAAGACCGUUUCACAAGGAUCAGAGUCUUCAGAGCCAACUAUUAUAGUCAAUAUUGAUGAUGACGAUGAUGAUGUUGACGAUGAAGAAGACGAGGAAUGUUAUGAAAAUAAACAUGUGGCUCAUAAAGACUGGUUAGUCCAUGAUGUCAUCGCCCCCGUAGACUCCAAAAGUGCUCAAAAUCAGAAUGGUCAGAAUGGACCUGUUAAUGUCUGGUAUGUGAAGAGCAUGAAAGUUGGCAACCAAAACCAACCUAAGGAAGAACCCCCCAACAGAUCCUCGUAUGUCCUAGAACACAAGUCUGGGGGCAACGCUAUAAAGAAUGAGAAGAAACCUGGGGUUAAUAUUCUGGUGAACACGUCUGCACCUCAGCAAAGUUUCCAAAACGCGUCGUCGCAGGUACUUCACAACAGGCAGGGGUCUAUGGGCUCUAAGUUUGGGGCUCAUCUCUCUGAUGAAAUAACCAUAGAAGAUGAUAUGAUGGAUGAGAUGGAAGAGAAGAUCCAGGUGUGCCCCCAGUGUUCCCAGUGCUUCACCACACUGUCCGAUCUGGAAGUGCACAUGAAAACCCACAAGGUAGGAUCGUCCUGGAUCUGUCCUGACUGCGGGAAAACCUAUUACACCAAGUCCAGUCUGGAUAGACACCUCCACACGCACAUGAGGGAUAAAUCGAUGAAGUGCCCGGAAUGCGGCAAGGGUUUCAAUAAGCAAGUCUAUUUCGAGAUGCACAUGCGGCUCCACGCCGGCGAAGUGCUCUUCCCGUGCAGCGAGUGCGAAAAAUUAUUUAGUUCUAAGGCCUCAUGCGACCGACACGUACGAGCCCAUAAGAUGGUGCGGCCACACGUCUGUCCCCAUUGCGGGAAAGGCUUCCUUUACAAUGGCUGCCUCGUCCGCCACAUCAGGGUUCACACCGGGGAGCGGCCGUUUCCCUGUCCCGAAUGCGGCAGGUGUUUUCGGCAGACGUCGGCCCUCAAUCGUCACGUAAAAACUCACACUGGCGAAAAGCCAUUUGACUGCGCCGAGUGCGGGAAAUGUUUUACCCAUCAGUCGGACCUGAACCGGCACAAGGAAACCCAUAGAGGAAGCCUAAACCAGCAAAUUGUACAGUGUGUGCCAAACAAUGAAAGUUCUUUACCCACGUACAUCAUUUUAUAACACUUUUGGCGUGACCGCUGGUAUACCCUGUAGUUAAUCUGUAAAUUAGUGUUAAUUCUAAUGAAUUUGUUUUUUUUUUUAUACUGUAUAUUUGAUGUAUGUAGAGAAGGAAGUUCACUGUAAGCAGUGGUCUUCAAUCUGUGGCGCUCCAGUUGUGAAACUGGGACUAGGGCAUGCUGGGAGUUGUAGUUUUGCAACAGCUGGAAAGCCUCAGACUUGGGGGGGGAUCACUGCCUAAGAGUUACGAUAUUGAUAGUAGCCAUAAUGGUAUCAGAAAACUGAUGGCAAUGCUACAGGGCUGCGGGAAUUUCAUCUUCCCUGCUCAUGUCUUGUCAAAAUUUUAGGUAAGUUACCAUGUGAACAUUGCAAGGAGCAUGUUUCCCAACCACCGUGCCUCCAGCUGUUGCAAAACUACAACCAAAGGUGUGCAUGCAAUAGCUGGAGGCACUAUGGUUGGGAAACACUGGCAUGAAGAGUAUAAAGACUUCUACAGUGUGCCUCCAGCUGUUGCAAAACUACAACUCUCAGCAUGCCCGGACAGCCUUCGGCUGUCCGAGCAUGCUGGGAGUUGUAGUUUUGCAACAGCUGGAGGCAUGCUGGUUGGUAAACAAUGGCAUAGAGAGUAUAAAGGGUUCUACUUGUGCCUCCAGCUCUUAGAAAACUACACCCUGGCAUGCCAGGGGUUGUUUGCAACAGCUGGAGACACGCUGGUUGGGAAACACCGGUAUAAGGGUGCGUUCAUACUGCAGAGAUGCCCUCUGGCGGCCGCUGCUGAAAAUACUUCGGCGCUAGGGCCGCGGGGCACUGAGCCGCCACCAUUGACGGCUAUGUAGUUCUCGCGGAAUCUGUGCAAAGAAUGAACAUGUUCUUUCUUUGCGCGAAACAAUUUCAGCAGCGGAAUUAUCCGCCGCUGAAAUUCCGCAGUGUGAACGGGUCUCGCGGAGACCCAUUCGUACUAAUGUUGAGUUCACAACGCGGAAUUCCGUAGUGUGAACUUACCCUAAAGGUGCGUUCACACGCUAUUUGUUCUUGCGGGUUGUCCGCUGCGUAUUUGAAAGUGGGCGGGCUCUUCUCGGCUGUCCGUAGCAGAUUUUUCGCCGCGGAAUUUACGCUGCAGAAAAUCCGCCGCAGUCCCUACUGACUUCAAUGGGGCUUGCAGCGUAUUUUCCGCAGCGUAAAUUCCUCUGUGGAAAAUCUGCUGCGGACAGCCGAGAAAGGGUUCCACAGUGUGCCUCCAGCUGUUGCAAAACAACAGCCAAAAGUUGUCCGGGCAUCCUGGGAGUUGUAGUUUUGCAACAGCUGGAGGCACCCUGGUUGGAAGAUACUGCUCCCUGUAAUGUUUGCCAGGAAAUGUACACAGAAAUUUUGUAGGUUCAUUUCUCCUUUUAAAGCGUUUCUGGUAGUAACGUUACAUUACCCAAUAGCUUUCUAUGCAUUUCGGUAAUGUAAUCAAUAGGCCUUGUUCACAUUGUGUUUGUUUUUUGUUUGUGAUUUUUUUUUUUUAUGCUUUGCUGAACAACAAAAUUGGAACUAAAAAUAUGCGUUUACUUUUUAUACUUUUAUUACUUUUUAAAAUGGUGUCAAACACUUUUAACAAACCAAGGUGUUCACCUGCCCUUUUUAUAAAGUUUCUUUUAAAUUGGGGCUUUGUUUUAAAAUAACAUUACAUUACUGCUGUAAUACUUGAACUACACGUUCUUACAUCGCAAAGCUGCUACGGAUGUCUGUACAUAAUACAAAAAAAAAUGUAAAAACUAAUAAGAACGACAAAAAGGAAGCCAACAAGGUACAUACAGUCUUCUGUAGAUGUUUUAUGAGAAAUUAUUGUAAGUAACAAAGGAAUCGCUUUUCAUGUGUCAUAUCGUCUGCGGAGCCUUGAAUCACUCGGUUGCAGUGUCUGAACAGUCCUCGAGGUUAAAGUUGCAGAUUCCAAAGGCCAAUGUUAUUAAAAAGGUUUUUCUACUGAGCAAAGUUGGUUAAAUCGGAUGUGUACCUAGAGAUGUAAAGUUUUUCCAAAUUUUGAAGCCAUGGAAAUAAAAAAAAGUUUUUUCUUUGGAGCAGUUUUUACAAAUUAAAAAAUGGAUUUUGUUCCACUGGAAACAUAAAACGCAGUGUUAAUAUAAAUAUAUUGUGUGAAAUAAAAGUACAGCUUAAAGGGGUAUUCCGGGAAUUAUUUUUUAUUUGACUAUGCUACAGGGGCUGU